CUGCGGCUCCUGAUCAGAACCUCCGGACCUUCCAGCGGUGAGCCUCCCAUCAUGGACCUGGACCCGACCGUCGUCCUGCCCGCCAUCCUCUUCACCGUGGUGGCCCUUUACUUCGCCUCGUCGCUGCUCAGCAAGAAGCCCGACGCCUCCUCGUCCUCUGCCGGGAAACAGAAGCCCAAAGUCGGCUACGGAGACGACAUCCCUCCGUCCAGAGCUCUGGGGCAGCAGCCCGCAGCCUCAGCGCGACCCGAGCCUCCUGCCCCGGCUGUGGAGGACAUCGGAGCCGCGGAGAAGAUCCAGGACGUCCCUGCGCCUAAAGUUCAGGCUGCCCCAGAACCAGCACCAGAACCUGUCCCUGAACCAGUUAAAGUACCAGAGACUCCAGCAGCACCUCCUGCAGCAGCACCAGAACCAGUAAUAGUAGCAGAACCAGUCAAAGUACCAGAGGUAGCUGCAGUACCAGAACCUACCCCAGAACCAGAACCAGUCCCAGAACCAGUGUCAGUGCCCGAACCUGUCCCAGAACCAAUCCCAGAACCAGUAUCAGUUCCCGAACCUGUCCCAGAACCUGUUCCAGAGCCAGUGGUAGUGCCCGAACCUAUCCCAGAACCAGUAUCAGUACCCGAACCUGCCCCAGAACCAGUAUCAGUACCUGAACCUGUCCCAGAGCCUGAACCUGUACCAGAGCCAGUAUCAGAACCAGCUGCAGUCCCAGAACCAGUCUCUGUACCUGAACCUACCCCAGAACCUGUUGCAGUGCCCGAACCAGAGCCUGUGGUCGAGUCUGAGCCAGUGUCUGAACCUGAAAAAGUGGUGGAGUCCACCGAACCUGUUGCAGAGGUGCCAGCUGAGCCGGAACCUGCACCAGAGAACGUUGUGAACAAUGAUGUGGCUGAAGCUGAAGAUCAGGUGAAGUUCAUCCCGGGGAAGAAACAGAGCAAGUUCGAGACGAUGAUGACGAAGGAGGAGAUCGAGGAGGAGCAGAGGAUAGAGCUUACAUCUGAUUUAACCUCUCUGUAAUCAGGACAUGCUGAUCGACGAGGAAGACGAGGAUCUGCAGAGAUGAAGACGAACGAAGAUGAAGCUUUGAGCUGCUUGUGAAAACAUGAAACGUCUUUUCACCAAAGUGCCUUCAGGAAACGUUUGUUUGUUCUUUAGUUUCCUGACAGAAAGAGUGAAAGUGAAAGUGAAACUGCUUCUUUCUGCCGAGUUUUACUUUGAAAAUAAAACGUGUGUUGUUGAUUGUUUCUGUUCCAGACUUCAGUUUUUGUAAAUUCUGGAUCAUUAAAGAGACGUUUGUCACAUCGA